AUGAAACGCGAUGGCCAGCUUUACUUGUUCAGGAGACUUGAGCAGUUUAGCAAGAAACUAGUAAGUUGUGAAACAUCUAUUGAAUUCCUUCAAUUAUGCCAAAACCUUGGACUUACUCCGACAUUUGCAAAAGUGGAUCAGGAAAAAUCCAAGAAAUGGAGUCGAUCUACAAAAGAUUUCGAAAGAAAUAUAGUAGCGGAAGAGUUAAAGACGAAGGUGAAACUCCUAACCAACCUCAGAGAAGAUAUAAAUUCUAUUUAUACAGAAAUCAGAAGCCAGUGUCCACUAUUUCGCUAUCUUGCAAUUCUUCGGACAAUUACCAAAUUGCGUUGUAGUCAAUAUGAAACGGAAAUGAAUGGACACUCAAAGAAAAUUUCAAAGCUGAUGUAUAAUGGCAAAAAUGUUGAUGAACACAUCACAAAUAUAUCAUCAUACAGGUUAUCAUUCUUUCAGAAGUUAGCGCUUAGUCGUGGUUUACAGUUUGCUUAUCCUCAGAGAGUUUCAUCGAGAGAAAUUCAAGCAAAUUUUGAGAAAGCCUACUGGAAGUUAGAAUCUAAAAUCGAGAGUAAUGAAACAAAAGAAUUGACAGCUGCUACUCUCAAGUGUAUUGCACUAAACUACAUUGAAAGGAAAGGUCCAUUUCCCCCCAGAGCUUUGAAAAGAACCCUUGGCCAACUGAAAAAGAGAGAUGACAUAAUCAUUACAAAACCAGAUAAAGGAUCAGGAGUAGUAGUAAUGGACAAAAGUGAGUAUGUUAGUUUGUUAUGUAAAGCAUCUGUCAAUGAUAUCACCAAAUUCAUACCUAUCUCACCUGAACAACCAAGGACAAGAGGAAGACCAAUGACACAUUACCACCCGCUUCUCAAAAAGGAGAAAGAUAUGAACGCAACUGUUCACCGAAUCCUAGCAAAGGAAAUCGCCAAGUCAGUCUGCCAAAGUGGUUCAAGAUUAGCUCAUUUGUAUGGUUUACCAAAAACACACAAAGAGACGUUAUCUAUGAGACCUAUCUUGUCAGCAACUGGGACAUACAAUUAUAAACUAACGCAAUGGUUAGAUGAGAAGUUAAAACCACUCUCCCAGAACAAGUACACAAUUGAUAACGUGUUUAGCUUUGCUAGUGAUAUUCGCUCUACUGAUAUCAACGUCGAUGACAUAUUAGUAUCAUAUGAUGUUUCCUCCUUAUUUACUAAUGUUCCAUUGGAUGAGACAAUUCAAAUUAUUGCUGAUAAAGCCUUCACUGACAACUGGUUUAAUGUCACAUAUGGACUCAACUUAAGUAAACCGGACCUCAUUACUCUUCUUAAUAUUGCAACUAAAGACCAGCUUUUUCAAUUUCAAAGUAACUUGUAUGAACAGAUCGAUGGAGUAGCAAUGGGAUCACCCUUAGGUCCACUUAUGGCAAAUGCAUUCAUGUGCAAUAUAGAGGAAUGCCUUGAAUCUAGCAAUCAAAUGCCGAAAUAUUACAAGCGAUACGUUGAUGAUACUCUAGUAUUUAUGCCUAACACAGAAUCUGCCAUGCAAUUUCUUGACUUGCUCAACAAAAUUCAUCCUGCCAUAAACUUCACAAUGGAAACUGCUGAUAGGGAGCAAAUAUUGUUCGGGCUUUCGCCCAUUCCCUAUCCGGGCAAUUCAUGA